GCUCAUGCAGAACUCAUUGUUAUCUUUGUAUGCCUGGGAGGUAGAACUAGAAGAGGACGAUAGCUCUCCCGUAUCCCUUUUUGUGCAGUUGUUCUAAUGAGGGAACAGUUGAGUCAUUGAAGAGAUCCUGCUUUGGUAUUGGUUGCUCCAUUGAUUUCAUAUUUAUCUUUGUGUGUCUUUUUCGAUCGCUCAUGUACUUAGUUAUGCAUUUUGGUUCUUUACAUUUACAACAUGACUGAGCCAACAGCACUCAGUGGUGUUCGAAUGUCAGCAGCAUAUUAUUCCAUUGUUCCUUUUUCUUUAACCUGCUAUGCAUAAGCUGAAAAUCGUUGUAUAACUAGGCUAAAACAUGUCAGCGGCACUCGGAACUACAACAGCCCUAGAGGAGAGACAACGCAAUGAGGACCGAUCAGAGCUAGUACAGAGGAUCAAAGCAGCGACUGCGGGAUCAUGUCUAGUCGCUCUAACUGUAACACCACUCGAAGUGGUAAAGGUGCGUAUGCAAACAGGCAAUACAGCAGCAAGGUCUGCCGCGUCUGCUUCUACCUCUGGGUCGUCAGCAGCUUCAACGAGUGGUAGUACGACAAAUACUGCCGGCGGUUCUACUGGUGGUGUUGGUAGAGGUGUCAACGAAUCACGCAGUAGCUUAAAAAAUGAGGCGGCUUUUCCGAAUCCUAACAGAGCUACGGACAUUGGAGGCAGUGGCACCACUGGAGGUGCAGUUAGCUCCAGUUCAUCUUCAUCUUCAGGUGCUCCAUCAUCAGCACCCUCAGCCUCUAGCGCAACUGUGUCCGGCUCAACAUCCUUUACCGGACGACGGAGUGUAUCGUCGAGAUUAGUUAGCCUGUCGGAUGGUAUUCGUGACCACCUGGUUAGAGUGCCUAGCAGCAGUCUGACCAGUGCCACGAACGGCAACGGUCCGGCAUCAAUAUCAUCUGCAGCUACGCCGGCAAGAGCAGCGGGGUUGAUGGGCGCUAUGGUGCCCGGUAGAGAAGCGCUUGCUAAUGUUGCUGGGCAUGGAGGGGCGCCGCCAGCGGCUUCGUCGUCGACUGCCGCGGCCGCCUGCGUAGCUGCGCCAGCAUCAGCAGCGGCUCUAGGUCAUGUGCAGCAUAGUUUCCUUGGUAACAGCGCUGGAGCCGCGUCGUCGUCGUCAUCCACCUUUCCAGUCGUUUUCGCAGCCAGUGGAGUCGGAGUGUCUGGAGGAGCUGUUGCAAGUACUAGGGGAGGAUCAAGAGGAAUCAUGGGGACGCUGCGGCACGUGGUGAGAACAGAGGGCCUCUCUGCACUUUAUCGCCCUGUCUGGCCGACGCUUCUAAUGUCAGUACCUCAGAAUGUGUUGUAUUUUGUGACUUUUGACACCCUCAAAGAGUCCCUGGAUGACGUUACUGGCAGAUCGACCCCGCCCAGCAGCAUCAGCAACAGUCCCAAGGAGGUGAAAAUGAAAGAGAUUGUUGUAAAUAGCAAAUACAGAGUAGACACAGCCGGAACCAGCAAUUCUAGUACAACUUCAGCAGACCUGGUGAGCGGUGGUGCAAACAGCGCGGUCGCAGGUGUUUGUGCUCGUGCGGUAACGGUCGUGUGUACAUCUCCAUUUGAAAUUGUGCGAACGCGAUUAGGCACGGCCCGAAACACAAGCUUGUGGAAGACAGUGCAGGAACUACAUCUUUCGGCAGGCGUCAAAGGCUAUUAUCGUGGACUGCGUCCGUCGCUACUGCGUGACGUGCCUUUUUCCGCGUUUUACUGGGCUAGCUACGACAUAUUGAAGAACACAAUCGAACGCUCCUGGGGUCAUAUUGAAGACCAUGCUCCUUCAUCCCUUUCAGCUGUUGGAGGAGCGCCAGAUCGCCAUCCCCAACCUUCCUCAGGCUCAACAGCUGCAGCGUGCUGUAGUACUUUUUCCUCUUCCUCAGCAUCUUCACAAUCAACAUCUUCCUCUUCAUCCCCAGCACCGCCCUCAUUCCGCACCGCCUUUGUUUCUGGAGCCAUUGCAGGUAGUAUUGCAACCGUUUUCUCGCAUCCUUUCGACGUCGUGAAGACACAGUGGCAGGUGGACACGGGAAAAGGCAGUGGGACUUCAGUUUUCACAGCUCUUAAUACUUUGCGGAAGCAAGGACAAUGUUUUUCCGGUCUUGCGCCCAGAAUGCUCCGCGUGACUCCCGCAUGUGCAAUUAUGAUCACUGCCUACGAAUACGCGAAACGCUAA